AUGGGCUUUCCACCCAGCUCGCAGGCUAUAGUUGAUGAGGCGGCAGUUGGGGAUCGUCUUCCAAAUAUUGACGUGCUGGGCUCAUUAGUUGAUCCCGAUGUCUCAGCAGUCCACGAAGAUGACGAGUCGAAGGGAUCGGCCACUCUAGCAGAGACAGUCGCUGCAAGUGGGGGCGGGGUUGGAAAGGCGGGCGGAGGUGGAGGCGGCGGAGGAGACGGGGGGGGCGAAGGCGUCAAACUUGAAGAUGCACACAUCGCGGAUGCCAUUGCCGCUGCAGUUGAUCCAGUGUUCGACCAUGCGUUCAUUGGGCAGUGUAAGUCUGCGUAUAAAUCAUGGACGUCUGCGUUCAAUGACUCGUGUGAUUUACCGGCAGAGAGCUCCGGGUUGCUUGCGGGCGGAAUGCGCCCAGCGUUGGCAGCUGCACGUGGGAGCCUCGCUAUUGUUGCAUAUAUGAACCGUGAUACUGGUCGGCGAGAAGUGUCGCUAGUGCACUGGGAGUUUAACCCACCUGACGAGGCACUGUCUGGCAUUGCAUUACGAGUGGGUGCUUUCAGUGCUGCUGUAUAUCAGGUUGGAGUGCACUACGCCCCCAAGGAUGGGGGCGCUCUCCGACAGCAGUGGAAACGUUUUUCGGAGUGCGAGUGCACCGUGGUUCACCCGAACGUGGGCUGGGAUGAGUUCCAUGCCAAGUACCGCAGGUGCUGCAAAUACGAUUGGCGCAGCUAUUUCAAUGGCCAAUGCAGUGAUGCUGUCGAGGAGCUGGAAUGGGCCAGGUCGAGGCAUGACAGGCGCGAGCGUGGAGCGCCGUUGGCUCUUUCGCAGCGCCACUGCAGCAUUCGCCCAGACGGCUCUCUGUUCUAUGGUGCGCCCACUGCUGCUGAGAAGGAUGCGUUGGCAAAGAAUUGGGUGAUGACCAACCACGUCCAAGACAUCAUCGAUAUCGGCCUCGAGAACGCGAUGUGCUUCAGGCACGACGCGCCCAGGGCCAUCCAGAAAUUGGUCAAGACUGCGCACAAUGAAUUUCAUGAUGGAAGCGCUUCAACAUUCAUUGAGCUAUUGGACACCACUGAGGACACGGUCGUAGCAUGGAGGCAGCACAUGAUGGAUAACGAGAUGACCAAGGAGGGGUGCCCCAAGACGGGCAAAUACAUAUAUGAAAGUCUUUGUGCUGAUUUUCGCUGCGCUUUCAAGGGGAAGAUGGACAAGGCUUGUCUAUGGCCAGCUUUUAAAUCCAGGAUGGAAUCCCACUGCGACUUCCUGAGGCGCGGAAUCACCAACGAGGUUGUCGCGAAGGCGUGCAACCAGCUCUUCACUCAUAUCAUCAUCCACCUCAGCGGCGCAAUCGAGAUCGACACGCUCCACAUGAUCCUCGUUGAAGCGCUGGACUUCGCGGCGCCCAUGGAGAGCGACGGCAGCAAGGAACCGCGCUGGAUCUUCAAGACGAACCAGGGCAUCCAGAAGAUUAGGAACAUCAAGGCGCCGAUGAGCUCCAGCAAGGUGCUCCAAGGCUCCACUGCGACUACAGGACCGACCGAAGGUGAGCCAGACGCGGCGGAGGGCGCGAAGGGCUCCAGGCAGACGCUAUUCCUCGACGACCUCGCGCGCUGCAUCACGCAGCCGUUGACGGCCUUGCAGGAGCGCAGCAGUGGGAACGGGAACGUGAUCCAGAAAGCGUGCUUGGCGCUUUGCUUCAAGACUGGCCCGGCGUUUGCCCGGGGCGGGCAGGUGAACUUCAACGGGCAGGUCUUCCGUGAGUGGAGCCCUCUUCGCAAAGAGUUUCGGGGUGAGAUCAUUCGCGCGCACAGGGCUUUCUUGGCGACGGACAGCCCCCCCGGUGGUGCGGAACAUGCGACGCUUAUCUUGGAAGCCCUCGAUGCCUUCGCACAACAAGAUCUGCCGCAUAAUGACAUGGCGAUGGGCGAUGAGAAUGUGCCCGUGGCACUGCGCCCAUUCGUUGACGACGGGAAGUUCAUCGCGGGCAUUUGCCGCGUGUGCCGGGGCGCAUCUGCUGCCGACUUGGAGGAGCAACCCCUCUAUCUGAGCAUGUGCCAGGCCGUUUGCGUCGCGGCGUCGCAGUCGAAGCGGGCAGGGCCGAGCGCUGACGCGAGUGGUUCCAGCAGCACUGCCGAUUCUAAGAUUGACAAUGUCACGCGCAUGGUCCAGGAGGUCAUCCUCGACAACUUUGACGACCAGCGGUCCCACUUCGGCCGCGCGCUGAUGAGCGAGAUCAAGAUGGCUGGUUCGGAGGCCGACGCGCCUGCAUUCUCUGCCCUUCGCCGACGCCCCCUCGGCGAAUGCGCGGUCAAGCUGAUUCAGACCGUGGGCGGGUUGGACUCGCGCGCCGUGGUUCAGCUCGAGGCCAACGCCGCCCGCGUCGCUGCGCGUGAUCUUGCGCUGGACGACGACCAGUGGACCAUCGGGCCCGCGCAGACUGUCGCCGAGGCCGCCGCGCAGCCGGUUGCGCAGCCCGACCAGAAGCAGUACAAGCAAGACGAUGCCGACAAGAAGACCGAUGUCCAAGUGGGGCGCGCCGUGAUGGCGCUGUCCAAGGUACGUGCGAAGUGGGCGGUCGGUGAGUUUGAGGCUCCGCACAUCGCUUCGUUCAUGAAACACUUGGAGCGCUUCGUCUUCGACGCUGGCAUGCUCGGCAGGGCUGCGCCGCCGAAAAAAGACCACUGCGAAAAGGAUGACACCGACGACUCCGAGGAGAAGGCCAUGGCGGUGGACGUUGGGCUCGACAUCAUCACCGCGGACGUCAACGAGAGGGCCCCCGAGCUGAAGACGUUCGACUUGUCAUCCAAAGGCUAUGAUUCGUUCAAGUCGUCCUUUGGUUUCUGCCCUGCGUGGAUGGUUAAGUUUCCACCUACUUCGGCCGACGGCAAGGCGAAGAAGAAGAUUCCGUCCAUGGAGUGCGCGGCGAGCAAGCUUAUGAUGCCAUAUACGCACGGUCUCAAUGGCAAGCCGAUCUCGAUCAAAGCGCCCGUCACCAUGCACGAGCUCGCCCCCAAUCCCGACUUCAGCGUCAAGGGGGCCGACGACGGCAAAGACAUCAUCCCGGCGCGAGGCGCAGCUUUCGGGCAGAUAAAGGUCGACCCCGUCGAAGCCAAGGGCACUUCUGAGGCGAAGCCCAGGAAGGGCCCCCCUCAAGACUGGGCGCGCGGCCUUGCGAUGCUCUGCUCCAUCGCGCUGGUCGCCCGUGGCUUCCUGCUGGUGCUGGCGCUCCGCUUCUUGAGGACGGUGCUCCUGCCCCUGCUGCUCAGCCUGACCAGCCUGACGAUGGCCACAGUGAUGAAGAGGCCCUUCGAUGAUCAGCUGCGCAGCGCGACAGCGGCAAUCGCGCUCUGCGGCCACGGCGCCGGCCCAGCGGCGGCGCCGCGCAAAGGGGCCGACUGCGCGGGCAGGAAGAUCAGCUGGAUCAGCCGGGCCAGCCAAGGCAAAGGUAUGUUCGCGCCUGUGGCCGACCCGCUUCUUCGCUACCCCGCGCGGCUCAAGCCAGCGCUCGACUUUGAGAUCGGAGCCUUCGCUGGCGACAUUUACCUGGUCGCCAGAGAUCGUUUUCAGGUUUUCCUGAGAGAUGUUUGGACGAUGGUCGAGACCUCGGCGAUUGCGGUGCUCAUCCCCGACGACAGCAAGUGUGCAUUAUUCAUGUUACACCUAGAGGGGACCAGGAGGAUCCAGGAAGUUUUCGGCGCCCACGGUCUCGAUGUGUCCAGCUAUCAGAUUCGGAAGUUUGGGAAGCUCCAUGGGAUCCUUGUCGGGCACGACGUCCUCUUUGAGGCCUGGUUCGACGUUUCCGCCAAACUCAGGACGAGGGCCGAGAACGUUAGGAAGCUAGGUCUUAGUUUCAUCCAGUCCAUCCAGGGGCACAACGCGCACGCGCUGCCCGUCAUCUCCCAUGUUGGCCAGUUUUACCCGCCCUCCCCGGCGCUGCUGCGGUGCGAGAGGGUGAUGGACCUGGUGCUCAAGCGGGAGCGCGCGAGGCUUGACAAGAAUUGGGCGGAUGCCGACGCCAUUAGGGAUCAGCUGAAGCGCCAAGGCGUGCAGAUGAACGACCGCGAGGACCUCUGGCAGUGUGGACCUAUGGUGGGGCUAUACGACCCAAGCUACAACGUCAAGGACACCGCUAUUAGGACGAUCUUGCAGGUGCGCGAAGAUGCUCGGCAGGCCAAGGACUACGCGAUCAGCGACACGAUCAGGGGCAUGCUGGCGGAGGCAGGCAUCGAGAUCAAGGAUCGCGAGGGCUACUGGUACUCCACACGGGAUGAUCGCCAGGGCAGCAUCACCGAGACCAUCAAUGGGGGCCCCAUGACAGCUCCACCAGGACGAUAG